CGCCGCGCUGCGCCGCCGCCCCGCGCUCUCCGCCCGCCGCCAUGUCCCGCGAGCCCGAGAUCAUGGAGUCGCAGGUGAUGUGGGAGCCCGACACGAAGCGCAACACGCACAUGGACCGGUUCCGCGCCGCCGUGGCCGCCAGCUGYGGGCUCCGCUUGGCCAACUACAAUGACUUAUACCAAUGGUCAGUGGAAUCCUUCUCAGACUUCUGGGCAGAAUUCUGGAAGUUCAGUGACAUUGUGUGCUCUCGCCUGUAUGAUGAGGUAGUUGAUACAUCCAAGAGCAUUGCAGAUGUCCCAGAGUGGUUUAAAGGCAGCCGCCUGAACUAUGCAGAGAAUCUUCUAAAGCACAAGGAGAACGACAAGAUUGCACUUUAUGCAGCAAAGGAAGGCAAAGAAGAAAUUUUGAAAGUUACUUUUGAAGAACUGAGACAAGCUGUAGCUCUGUAUGCUGCAGCUAUGAGGAAGAUGGGAGUUAAAGUGGGAGACAGAGUUGUGGGUUACUUGCCGAACAGCAUUCAUGCUGUGGAAGCAAUGCUGGCUGCUGCAAGUAUUGGUGCUGUUUGGAGUUCGACGUCACCAGAUUUUGGCAUUAAUGGUGUACUGGACAGGUUUUCCCAAAUCCAGCCUAAGCUGAUYUUCUCCGUUGAAGCUGUUGUGUACAAUGGCAAAGAACACAACCACUUGGAAAAACUGCUUAGUGUGGUAAAAGGACUGCCAGAUUUAAAAAAAGUGGUGGUGAUUCCAUAUGUCUCCUCAAGAGAAACUAUAGAUAUUUCUAGGAUUCCAAACAGUGUCUUUUUAGAAGAUUUCCUUGCUACUGGGAAAGGAGACCAGGCCCCCCAGCUGGAGUUUGAACAGCUGCCUUUUAGCCAUCCUCUCUUCAUCAUGUAUUCCUCAGGCACAACAGGGGCACCGAAAUGCAUGGUCCAUUCAGCAGGGGGUACUUUAAUACAGCACCURAAGGAACACAUUCUUCAUGGCAACAUGACCAGCAGUGACAUUAUUAUGUACUACACAACGACUGGCUGGAUGAUGUGGAAUUGGUUAGUGACUGCACUUGCUACAGGAGCCUCCGUGGUUUUAUAUGAUGGAUCUCCUCUAGUUCCAUCGCCCAAUGUGCUCUGGGACUUGAUUGACAGACUAGGGAUCACCAUCCUUGGAACAGGGGCAAAGUGGCUGGCUGUACUAGAGGAGAAAAAUUUAAAACCAGGUGAAACACACAAUCUUCAGACACUCCACACUAUACUGUCUACAGGCUCACCCCUCAAGUCUCAAAGCUACGAGUAUGUCUACAAACACAUAAAAAGCAGCGUCCUACUGGGAUCCAUUUCAGGUGGAACAGAUAUAAUUUCAUGUUUUAUGGGUCAGAAUGUUACAAUUCCAGUUUACAAAGGAGAAAUUCAGGCCAGAAAUCUUGGAAUGGCUGUAGAAGCAUGGAAUGAUGAAGGCAAACCAGUUUGGGGUGAAAGUGGAGAGCUGGUUUGUACAAAGCCAAUUCCUUGUCAACCUACGCAUUUCUGGAAUGAUGAGAAUGGAAGCAAAUACAGGAAAGCCUAUUUUUCAAAAUUCCCAGGUGUUUGGGCCCAUGGUGAUUACUGCAAAAUUAAUCCCAAGACAGGAGGAAUUGUCAUGCUGGGUCGCAGUGAUGGUACAUUAAAUCCAAAUGGAGUAAGAUUCGGAAGUUCGGAAAUCUAUAACAUAGUGGAAGCCUUUGAGGAGGUUUCCGAUAGCCUCUGUGUCCCGCAGUACAACAAAGAUGGGGAGGAAAGAGUGAUACUCUUCCUGAAGAUGGCCUUAAACUACACGUUCAGUGAGGACCUGGUGAAGAGGCUUCGAGAUGCGAUACGUCGAGCGCUUUCUGCUAGACACGUCCCCAGCCUCAUCCUAGAAACCAAAGGCAUUCCGUAUACGAUAAAUGGAAAGAAAGUGGAAGUAGCCGUGAAAGAAAUAAUUGCAGGGAAAGAAGUUGCGCAGCGAGGAGCUUUCUCAAAUCCAGAGACUUUGGACCUGUACCAAAAUAUCCCUGAGCUUCAGAAUUUCUGAAGGCGCUUCCCCCUCUCCCCCUUUUUGCAUCUGUUUUUGUUCUGUG